GAGCACGACUUCCGGCGUCAGGUGUAGUCGUCGCGUGUGUCUGGUCAGAUGGCGGCACCGUUGCUUCACACGCGGUUGCCCGGAGAUGCCGCCGCUGCGGCAGCUGCAGUCAAGACGCUGAGCGCGUCGAGGACCGGGCUUUCAGAUAUGCUUGCAUUAGAAAAUGAUUUCUUCAAUUCUCCCCCAAGAAAAACUGUUCGGUUUGGUGGAACUGUGACAGAAGUGUUGCUGAAGUACAGAAAGGGGGAAACAAAUGACUUUGAGUUGUUGAAGAACCAGCUGUCAGAUCCAGAGAUAAAGGAUGACCAGAUCAUUAACUGGCUACUGGAAUUCCGUUCCUCCAUCAUGUACUUGACAAAAGACUUUGAGCAGCUUAUUAAUAUUCUGUUGAGGUUGCAGUGGUUAAAUAGAAGUCAGACAGUGGUGGAGGAGUAUUUAGCUUUCCUUGGUAAUCUUGUAUCAGCACAGACUGUCUUCCUUAGACCAUGUCUCAGCAUGAUUGCUUCUCAUUUUGUACCUCCCCGAGUGGUCACUAAGGAAGGUGACAUAGAUGUUUCGGAUUCUGAUGACGAAGAUGAUAAUCUUCCUGCAAAUUUUGACACAUGUCACAGAGCCUUACAAAUAAUAGCAAGAUAUGUCCCAUCAACACCAUGGUUUCUUAUGCCGAUACUGGUGGAAAAAUUUCCGUUUUUUCGAAAAUCAGAGAGAACGUUGGAAUGUUAUGUUCAUAACUUACUAAGGAUUAGUGUGUAUUUUCCGACCUUGAGACAUGAAAUUCUGGAGCUCGUUAUUGAAAAGCUGCUCAAGUUGGACGUAAAUGCAUGCCGGCAAGAUAUUGAAGAUGCUGAGGAAACAGCAACUCAGACUAGUAGUGGAACAGAUGCCACAGAAGGGCUCUUUAAUAUGGACGAAGAUGAAGAAACUGACCAUGAAACAAAGGCUGAUCCGGGAAUGCUUGAUCAGAUGGUCCAUCCUGUAGCUGAACGCCUGGACAUCCUGCUGUCUUUACUUUUGUCCUACAUUAAGGAUGUCUGCUAUGUAGAUGGUAAGAUUGAUAACAGCAAAACAAAGGAUUUAUAUCGAGAUCUCAUAACCAUCUUUGACAAACUCCUGUUGCCCACGCAUGCCUCUUGCCAUGUGCAGUUUUUCAUGUUUUACCUCUGUAGCUUUAAAUUGGGAUUUGCAGAAGCAUUUUUGGAACAUCUGUGGAAAAAAUUGCAGGAUCCAAAUAAUCCUGCUAUCAUCAGGCAAGCUGCUGCAAAUUAUAUUGGAAGCUUUUUGGCAAGAGCUAAAUUUGUUCCUCUUAUUACUGUAAAAUCAUGCCUAGAUCUUUUGGUUAAGUGGCUGCACGUAUACCUUAAUAACCAGGAUUCAGGAACAAAGGCAUUUUGUGACGUUGCUCUCCACGGACCAUUUUAUUCAGCCUGCCAAGCUGUGUUCUACACUUUUGUUUUUAGACACAGGCAGCUUUUAAGUGGAAACCUGAAGGAAGGUUUGAGGUACCUUCAAAGUCUAAAUUUUGAACGGAUAGUGAUGAGUCAGCUAAAUCCUCUGAAGAUUUGCCUGCCCUCGGUAGUUAACUUUUUUGCUGCAAUCACAAACAAAUACCAGCUUGUCUUCUGCUACACCCUCAUUGAGAGGAACAACCGCCAGAUGCUGCCAGUUAUCAGAAACACUGCUGGGGGGGACUCAGUGCAAACCUGCACGAACCCACUUGACACUUUCUUCCCCUUCGAUCCUUGUGUACUGAAGAGGUCAAAGAAAUUCAUUGAUCCUCUUUAUCAGGUGUGGGAAGACAUGAGUGCAGAAGAGCUUCAGGAGUUUAAGAAACCCAUUAAAAAGGAGGUGGUGGAAGAUGAAGAAGAUGAUUUUUUGAAAGGUGAAGUUGGGAUUACACCGAGCUCCUUUGAUGCGCAUUUCCGCAGUCCUUCAAGCAGUGUGGGCUCCCCACCUGUCUUAUACCUGCCAGAUCAGUCCCCCAUGAUCACAAGGAUUUGUGAUUGAGACUGACAUUCCUCCCGUUGUGCCCUUCACUACCAAGGUUCAUACUGUUUGAGCAUCGUGUUGAACUAGAGCGAGUACAUGCUUCAGGCAUCUCACUUUCAAGUUAGACUUACUCUAAUGUCUGAACAGACAUGGUUGGGUUAUUUGUUUUGUUUUUGUUUUUUCUGUUUUGCUCCUGUACAGACAAAAGGAAAAGACAGAAUAUCAUGUGCAAUAUUUUAUGGUGGAGUUGAUGAUAAGUGUUGAAAGCUUGGCUCGUUUGUUUAAUGUAUACAUUUUUUUGUUACAGCUUUUUGACAUAAUUAUUGUGAAAUUUCUAAUAUCACCAACAGCCUAUUUUAACAGAUUGCAUUUUUAACGAGGUUUUUGUCAGAGCCAUACUUACAGGACUUUGUUGAUAUGAUAUCUUUUCACUGAAAAAUUCUCAAGGACACUCUUUGAAGUCUUCAGAAUGAGUUUCUUUUGGAUACGCUGUUUCCCCUCUGCUGUAACUGUAUUUGUGUUCUGGGGUUUCAGUGGGGUGCAGAGAGGAUAGCAGGAAAGUGUGGGGAGGUGGCCAGGGCUGGUCCUGGAUGCUGCAAGUUGGAGCUGGCACUGAAGGAGAUCUCCAGGGACUUCAGAAACCAAUAAAAGCCUAGAGGGACGAGAGAGGAUUUCGAGAAACAGAAUCAGACACAUCAUACAUUUGUGAGUGUAAAAAUGGGUUUAAAAGAAAAAAGGAGUUCCGGGUAAAUGUAAUUCACAUUGACUGAAGUGGGGUUGGACUUCUAUAAAACACAGCUCACAGUGUUGUACCCUGACACUCCCAGAAGUGCUGUCAGAACUGGAACUACUUGUAGUGGAAUGUAAUAUUGGUCAUUGAGAAUUUCUUUGUCCAAAAGUAGGGGAAGAGAGGGGAUUUUAGGUUAUUGGUGGAAUGGUUUUGCUAGCAACAAUAGGUCAGGGUUACAGCUACACUCCCUGUCUACUGGCUGUUCGUACCAUGGAUUCCAGCUCAGUGAAAUCCUCCUCUGGCGAGGCUCUUUUUGUAUUUUUAUAACUAAACACUGAGAGAGAGGAGUCUAAACAACCUCGCUGUAUAAUAAAUUUGUGCAAGCGCUGCUAGUCAUUUUGAAGCUCCUGCAUAUUUUAGCUUCAUUCCUUAUUUGUGUACUUGUUAUUUGUGAAAAUGGACACUUUUAAAUAUAUUUAUUUUUCUGUCACUUUCCUAUUCUUUAUUUAAAGGCAAGUGAUAUUUUCUUGAUCACAGAUAUUUUGUAAUGAAAUAAUUUCUCUUUCCUAGGGCUUUGUAUGCUCUCAUAUAUUUACAUUGAUGGCAAUGUAGAGUUUGAAUUUCAGUCUGAAAAUAUGUUUUUAGAAAAUAGAAAUUUUUAUUGUUUUAAAAAGUUUUGGGUAUUGGUGAUUUUCUUUUGGUGACUUGGUGGAAAGUCGUUUGAGAGCCUUUAGGUUCUCUGUUUUUUUAACUGCUGACAAAAAGGUGGGAUUUUUGUAUAGUGGAUAAAAUGAGUAAUUGAAAAUGUGUCCAUAGAAAUUAACAGUAAGUGGGGUCUUUGUGAGUUGAGAAGUAGUUUUAAUGUAGAAGUAUUUCGACAAAUAAGUCUAAAAUUUCAAAGGAGUUUGAGAAAAAAAAAUACUGUGAAAAUAAAACAAUGACGUGGUUAAUCUGGAACUUUUGUUCUUAUGCCAAUAAAGGGAGGUACCCCAGUAAAGAAGCUUCUCAUGUAAA